AAUGCGUACUUACAUAACCUUAUCAGUUACUCCGGAUUUCAAAGUUAAAGGUUUCUUGGAAAAUGUUGUCGAUAGUGCUUUCGUUUCUCCUUGUUGCGUCCGUGUCCUGCCAGGGAGGACGGCAAAAGCCUACUAAUGUGACAGGUGACGUCUUCGAUGCUGCCAACUUUGCCUGCAACGAAAUCAACGCCCAGAGCAACUCGGAAGACUGGUUCACGCUUCUUUCGGCUGGCAAUGCCACGACACAGGUGGUAACUGGGGAAAUAUUCCGCAUGGACCUGACAAUGGGAGAGUCUGCCUGCAUGAACUCCCCCGUCAACCAGAACGCCACGCCAUUCGACUGCCCAGUGCCAGAAGGAGCGUCGAUCUGGAAGUAUUGGGUGGAGGUUCUCUACAUCCACUGGCAAACCCCGGUGUUCACUCUGCUGGUCAUGCACCCAGAAACCAGCCAUGAGUAGUGAGAGAGCUAUAACCCCUUUCACUGCACAUAAAAUAUUCACCUUUUACUAUC